GCCCCUGUCCGCGCCCGCGCCCGCGGCGCGUCCCCGCCCCGGUGCAGCCCCUCCUCCCCACUGUGUUUAUUAGGGGAAGGAGGGCGGAGGCGGAGGCCAGUUCCCUAGCUCCAGCCGCGGUCGCUGCCGCCUGUGUAGUUGCAGCGGCUGCUGUCUCCCGCCAGCUCGCUCCGGGGAAAGAGAAGGCGCGCGAGCUCCGGCGUCCCCGCCCCAGCCUUUCUUGGAGCCAUGAAUCCCAACUGCGCCCGGUGCGGCAAGAUCGUGUACCCCACCGAGAAGGUGAACUGUCUGGAUAAGUUCUGGCAUAAAGCAUGCUUCCAUUGCGAGACCUGCAAGAUGACACUCAAUAUGAAGAACUACAAGGGCUACGAGAAGAAGCCCUACUGCAACGCACACUACCCCAAGCAGUCCUUCACCAUGGUGGCCGACACCCCGGAAAACCUCCGCCUCAAGCAACAGAGCGAGCUCCAGAGUCAGGUGCGCUACAAGGAGGAGUUUGAGAAGAACAAGGGCAAAGGCUUCAGCGUGGUGGCAGACACGCCCGAACUCCAGAGAAUCAAGAAGACCCAGGACCAGAUCAGUAACAUAAAAUACCACGAGGAGUUUGAGAAGAGCCGCAUGGGCCCCGGUGGGGGAGAGGGCAUGGAGCCCGAGCGGCGAGAUUCCCAGGACAGCAGCAGCUACCGGAGACACCAGGAGCAGCAGCAGCCUCACCACAUCCCGAGCAGCGCCCCAGUUUUCCAGCAGCCCCCGCAGCAGCAGGCGGCCCCGUCCUACGGUGGCGGCUACAAGGAGCCUGCGGCCCCAGUCUCCAUACAGCGCAGCGCCCCAGGCGGGGGCGGGAAGCGGUACCGCGCGGUCUACGACUACAGCGCCGCCGACGAGGACGAGGUCUCCUUCCAGGACGGGGACACCAUCGUCAACGUGCAGCAGAUCGAUGACGGCUGGAUGUACGGGACCGUGGAGCGCACCGGCGACACGGGGAUGCUGCCGGCCAACUACGUGGAGGCCAUCUGAGCCCACGGGCGCCGCCUCGCCCACCCUCCUCCAGUGCAUUCCACGGCAUCGCAUCGUCCCGGGCGCGGCCCGCCCGCCCCUCAGUGUCUCUUGUGUUUUCAGAUCUGCCACAGCUUUCUCCUCCCACCCUCCUCCAGCUGCUUUUGCCAACUGAAGCCUUGUUCUGCCACUUUCGCGGGCUCCUCCCUCUGGCAGGUUUUCCCCACGACCGAUGUCUUGGUUUUCUCUCUAGACCGAACGGGUGUGGGCCUUCCCCUGGGGGAGGCCGAGGCCCGUAGGGCCACCCCAGAAUGGGGGUCCCCUUGGCUCCCAGGCCUCUACCUUCUCUCUGUUCUGGCCGCUCGGACCCUCCCGCCCACCACCUCACACACCUGAACAUUCCAGGCUGGGGUGAGCCCCAGACCCCCGGCCCCCCAGGGCAGGAACUUCAUGCAUUCCCCGGAGUGGGGUCCCCCCGCCCUUGCCCCUGGGGUGGGACGGGUGGGGGGCUGCCACUGUGUAGGCACCAGUGAGAGGGCUUUCCCUGAAAGAUGGGGCUGCUGGCCCUCUGAGGGGUGCCUGCCACCCUCUCCCCUUCUCAGAGACAGCAGAGGAGGGUACAGUUCCCACUCUGGGGCCCAUGUCUCCUCGCACGGUUCCUCCGCACACUGUGAUUUCGCUCUCCUGCGCCCGCAGAUGGGUGUGGGCUCGGAGCUCCCCAGGAAGCACGGCUUGGGUCAAGUCCUGGCCCUUCUCACGUGUAGGGACAGCUGCAGGAAGGGAGGGAACAGGGUGUUCUCUCCCGGAGCCCUUUUUUCCCCCCUCACUCUCCCAACCCCCAGGGGCCCCGGCUUGCCUCCUUGACUGGAGGCUGUGGUCCUCACAGGUGAGGCAAGGAAGCCUUGGGCCUUCGGCCUUUGAGGCUCAGCCCCCGGCCCCCAUCUGGGCCAGGUGUGCCGCUCCUCCCGACUCCUCCUCCUGGGAGGAUGUCCUCCCCGUGGCCUCCCCUCCCCCACCCGUUCCCCAGUGGACCAGGACUGGGCGUGUGGGGGGAGGAGUGUGUGUGUCUGUAGGUGUGUGAGCCAGUGUGAGUGUGAGCCAGCGUGAGUGUGAGCGAAGGGGCAGGGUGCGGGCUGCAGGAGUCUGUGGGCUUACGUGGGGGUACACAGAACGGUUCUCCCCGGAUACUUUCCUCGAAACCCACAGAGGCGGGGGAGGGGAGGCCCUAGGGGAGAGACGUCCCUUCAUUUCCUUCGGAAUGAAAAUUCCUCCUUCUGUCCAGGAACGGAGGCAGCCCACCUACCCUUCUUGCAGUGUGCUGGGCAGAAGUGAGAGGAUGAUGGGAGAUGGGUGGGGGCAGGCAUCGUAGCUCCGGGCACGCUCUCUCUCAUCUGCUGUCUCCGUGUCCCGCGCUGCAGAACAGGCGCCAGAGGACCCUGCGUUACCCACGCUGUGGGUGCCUUACUCUGGGUGCUCUCGCCCCAGUCCUCUCCCUUACCUAACUAAAGCCCCCUUGAGGUGUUGGGAGAGGGUCCCAGGGCUACAAAACUGGACGCACAGACCCUGGGAUGAGGAAGGGAGAGUGGUGCUAUCUCCAAGUCCCUUCUGUCCCUCGCUGGAGGCUGUGACAACCCUGUCCUGGCUUUAUUCAUCUCCCGGCUUUCUCGUUACCCUCUGGGCCACCCCCUCCCAUCUCCACUCUGAGCCACUCGGGCCCCUUAGGGACAACUUUGCAUCCUCUCACCCUGCGGCCGUGGGCUGCAGGCACAAUCAGCAAGUCCUCGCUGCUUGUGAGUCAAGUUGGGAAUACUUACCCCAAACCAGAGAGCUUAGGAAAUGACUGUGGGGGGGGGGAGCCCCUGCCUGACCAAGCACCCCUUUUCCUGCUUGGCCUCAGCCAGGUGAGGGCAGAGGGAGGGUCUCGUACAGGGUGGUUUGGGGGAUGAGGGAGCAAUAUUGGGAGCCUUGGGAGAGGCGCUGGGUCAUCCCAUUUCCUCUUGAUCUCAAAGCACAACAUGGAUUGUGGGACCAAAGGUCAAAGAUGCGCCCUGCAGAGGACCUGUGGUCUGGAGGGGGGAGGAGGGGCAAGGAGCAGCCUUUUAACUCAGCUUCAUUUCCCUUCCAAAAAAGCAAGGCAGGCCGGCCACUGGAAUCUUUCUGCUGGCCCUCUGCUCCUCCCAUCCUAAAAAUAGGGGGCCUUAUACACCCCAGAGAGAGGAGGGAUUGUCACACUGGUGCUGAGGGACCCAGGGGCUGCUGGGAGUCCUGUUCCUUUCCAGAACCAUCCAUCCCUAAAGGAGCACAGAAGCGGGGGCUGGGCGGAGGCCCGGAUCUUCUCAUAGUUCACAGAGGUCUUUCAGCCCGUGUCCCAGGAAAGGAGAUACAUCAAAACUAGAAUGUGAACAUAACGUUAGUGGACCAAUAAUAAAAUGCAAGAAGCCCAAUGGUGAGAAAGUGAAUUUUCUCAACACUGCUUCCUGUUUUCUUCCUCAUGUCCCUCCAGGGAAAACUAUUGCUUAAUUUCUGCCUUUUUUUCCUCUUCACAUAAGCACUUUUGGGCCUCCCCCCCUUUUUUUUUAAUAGCUGGAAAAUACCACCCACAGACCUGUAUUUAAAAAGAAACAAAUGACCACGUGAAACUUGCCUCUGUCCAAACAUUUCAUCCGUGUGUGUGAGCUGUCACUCAUCCUUUUAUAUGGGGUGGUUGUCUCUUCCCGGUCUGUUUGGUCCCCUCCCUCGUGGGCUUGUGCUUGGGAUCAAACCCUUCUGGCCUGUUAUGAUUCUGAACAUUUGACUUGGACCACAAGUGAAUCUGGUGACUCAAAUAAAAGUAUAAUUUUUACCUGUGGA